AUGUACAAUUCAGAGCAUAGGGAGACUGAAGUCGAUCCUCUCAGCUUGGCGGCCGUUCUCCUGAAGGAUAGGGGCGUGAUGUGUGACGCCGAGGCGUGCAUCGAAGCCCUGCGGGCAUGGAGGACGUCAGAGGAGAGUAAUCUACAGCAACAACUCGAAGAUAUUGACAGAUCAGGAAGCAGCGCCAAGAGCGAAACGGACCCCCUUACGCUGGAACUGGACGGUCUCCUGGCACGUGGCAGUGGCGUCGUCGCUCGGGUAGAGAAAGUGCGGAUGGAACUCGAAAGAGAGAUUGAGGAAAUACAUUCUUCGGCGCUGGCAGCCCAGGAGGCGAAGCUAGAGAGCUUCCGGGAUCACCUGGAGACCGACGUCAGCGUCCCGUCGAUAGCCGAUCUCACUGAGGAGGUCCUCAGAAUGGAGGGGGGAUUUCUCCUGGUUUGCAUGGCCAUGCGUGGAAUGGGCUCUCAGUACUGCUGCGACAUCGAUGAGGCCUUGGAAGAAGCCACCAAAACAGAGAGGGUGCCUGAACUAACUCGCAUUCAGGAGUUCUGGUCUUUAGCGGCAGAGGAUUCCGGCGGCGGUUCCAGCUUCUCAAGGCCGACCCCACGACGAGAGGACGACGCUGCUUCGCGGGCACUGAAAUCCAUUCCUCGCGACGGCGCGCGGCCUGACUCGACGAUAUUUCUCGACUCAGUUCUGCUGCAGUGUGCCGAGGUAGGCUUCCUCAGCGUGUUAGGUCAGGGGGAGCAGCGUGCCUUCACUUUAGCGAAUACGCGAUCCAUCACGGCGCGAGAGCGGGAGAACGGCAGCCACGCGGAUGCUGAUGGGGCCAUGCCGUGA